CGUAUAAAAGUGUGAGUAAAAGAAGUUUGAGGAAGGGGAACGCGCAUCUAAAUGUAUAGAUAUUAAUCGACUCAGUGCGGAUUUGAUAUCUAAAGGAGUAAGACUACUGACAAGCCAAAAUAAAUUCGAAAAAUGGAUAUCAGUUCAUUGAUAUAUAAGUCAUCGCAACAAUCAAGUACAAUUUCAACAUUCCGUAAUCCUUUUCCUCGCAGGCCUUGGCUCACUGAUCAUGGAGCUGCAGCGGCUGUCAGUAAUAGCGGUAUUAAAGGAAUCGUAGCUGGAGGCAUUACCGGCGGUAUAGAAAUAUGUAUUACUUAUCCAACUGAGUAUGUAAAAACACAGUUACAACUUGAUGGAAAAACUGGAUCUGGUAAAGAAUAUUCAGGAAUAUGGGAUUGUGUGAGAAAAACCAUAAAAAAUCGUGGAUUCUUUGGUCUAUAUAGGGGUCUUUCAGUAUUACUUUAUGGUUCAAUACCAAAAUCAGGUGUACGUUUUGGUUCCUUUGAAAAAGUAAAAGAAAUAUUAGCAGAUUCAAAUGGAAAACUUACUACACAAAGAAGUUUUAUAGCAGGAUUAUGUGCUGGUGCAUCUGAAGCUAUUUUUGCAGUUACUCCUAUGGAAACUAUUAAAGUAAAGUUCAUAAAUGAUCAACGAUCUGCUAAUCCAAAAUACAAAGGAUUCUUUCAUGGAGUACAAAUGAUUGUUAAAGAAUAUGGAUUUAGAGGUGUAUAUCAAGGAGUAACACCUACAAUUUUAAAACAAGGAUCAAACCAAGCAAUUAGAUUUUGCACCAUGGAAACGUUAAAAGAUUGGUAUAGAGGUGGAAACAAAGAUGUAGCUAUACCAAAAGUAGUUACUGGAUUCUUUGGUGCAUGUGCUGGAGCAUUGUCUGUUUUUGGAAAUACUCCAAUUGAUGUUGUAAAAACUAGAAUGCAGGGCCUAGAAGCUUCAAAAUACAAGAAUAGUAUAGAUUGUAUGAAACAAAUAUGGAUUAAUGAAGGUCCAAUGGCAUUUUAUAAAGGAACUGUUCCAAGAUUAAGCAGAGUAUGUUUAGAUGUUGCCAUAACAUUUAUGAUUUACGAUUCCUUUAAGGAAAUUUUUGAUCGACUUUGGCCUUGAAAAUUAUUAAUUUUACAAUUAUAUAUUUUAAAAUAUCAGUGCAAAUGUAGCUUUCAUAAUUUCAUUUUUUAUAUAAGACAUCUGUAAAUGUACAUGUUUAGAAAUGCCUUUAUUUCAAACAUAAUAUAUACCAAAAUAUUCUGUUGUAGUGGGCAUUUGAACGAAUGAAAAUGAAUAGAUAGAUGAAAAUGAAUAGACAAUCCUACAUUGAAAAAUUCAGUUUUUAUAUUAAUUAUAUCAAUUUGAAAGUUACAAUUGCAUAGAACACAAAUUUCAUUACAUAUAUUUUUUUAUAUAAAUUUUUAUUUAAUACAGAAGGAAAAUGGUGAAUGAUAUGAAUUUAGUACACAAUUAUUUGAAUUUUUUUUUAAAUAUUUUUUUUGAUUAUGCAUUAAUUUAUAAAUUUUAUUCAAAAUACUGUUAAAUAUUUAACAUUCCUAUAGAUUCAAAUCAUCGAAUGAAUUGAAUGUUUAUAUUAUGAAAGUGAUUUGUACAUGGUAUACAUAAGUUAUGUAGAUAUAUGUAUGUAUGUAUGUAUGUAUGUAUGUAUGUAUGUAUGUAUGUACAUAUAUAUCAUUCAUUCCAAGAAAUAUUGUACAGUUUCGGUACAAAAAUAUAAGAAUUGUUAAUUAAAUAACGGAACUAAUAAAAAAUGUUUAUUAUAUGAGCGAAGGGAAAUAAUUGUUUUUUUUAUUAAUUUUUUUCAAUAUAAUAAUAUCAAAAUAAAAUUAGGAUAGGUAAAAGAUAUAAAAAAUUAUUAAUCAAAGACAUCUUUAUGUAUAUACAGAUUUAUUACAUUCCAUUGAAUAUAAUUAUCUUCGCUCAAAUAUUGUAAUAUAUUUUAGCAUUAAUUAAACAUAAAAAUUUAAUUAUAAUGGCUGUGACAUUCAGAUGGAGAUAAACAUGUAGUUCCUUUAAAAUAGAGACUUUGUAAUCUCAUAAUAUUUACAAACAAUCUAUUUUAUUACUUUAACAAUAACAUAUAAUGGUUCAUGGUAGUUUGUAUUAUUUAUACGUUCAAAUAUAUAUAUAUCUUUACAGCA